GCGCGCCUCCACCGCAGCCCCCCUCUCCCGCUCUCUUUUUCCAUCCAACGAUCCCUCCCCCCCCCCGCACAGCCACCCUUCUCUCCCCCCCCUUUUGGGGGUCGCCCUCCAGAUAACGAGGCUAUCUUUGGCUGAGGGAGACCCUCCUUUCCCCCAACCGGGACUUAUUGAUUUAAUUCUCCCCCUCCCUCUUUUACCCGCAUCUCUGCUGCGCUCCCUGACUCCCCCCCCAACGGGUUUUCCUCCUGCUGCGAUUUCUGAUCGCUCCCCACUCGCUCGUUCUCCCUUUCUCUGCUGCUGCAUUCCCUUGCCCCCCCCCCCCAGCCUCUCGCCAUUGCGUGGCUUUUUCAGUCCUUUGCCUCCUGCCUGGAAACAACCCCCCCCCCAAUAGCACUCCCCUCUCCUCCGCCUCCUCCUCCGGACCCUCUUCCUUUCCUUCCCUCUCUCUCCUUCUGCCGGGAUCCCUCUUCUAUUCUCUCUCCCCCUUUUCCGCGUCCCGAUUCCUUCGUCCCUUCGAGGGCUUCCCUUUCCCCCUCCCCAUCCGCUGCACCCCUUUUCAACCCCCCCCGCCUCCCCCCUCUCCUGCACCCCUCUUUUCGCCCCUCUGCCUCUUCCCCUCCUCUCCUUCUGCGUCCCUCGUUCUGUCGUCUGCUCGCGCGCUCCCUUCUUCCCCCUGCUGCAUUCGUCCGCUUGGCUCCCUUUUCAUCCUGUCAUUCCCCGUCUCCCUCCUGCUGCUCCUGCUGCAUUCCUUCUUCCGGCCCCCCAGCUCGGCUCCUCCGGCCCCCAGCUCCAUAUUGACCACCGCCAGCUCGCCCUCCUGCUCCCACCCCACAGAACCGCGGCUGGCUGCUGCAUUCGUCGCGCCCCCCCUUCCCAAAUCUCCCUCCUUCUUCUCCCUCUUUCAUUCUGUCGUGUCCCCCCUCCUCGAAGAAGACUGCAGCCCCUUCUCCUCUCAUCCAUCUCUCUCUCUCUUUCUCUCUCUUUCCUCCUCUUCUUCUCCUUCUCCCACUUUUUGGAUGAAGCAAACUUCUGGAUGGGGCCUUCCGCGAUAGAGACCCAUCGUCGCUUGGGGGUCGCGUAGUCACCGGCCCUUCAAGAAGAUACCCUCCCUUAAGAAAGAGGGAACGGGUGACAUCCCAUCCCAACUCCCAGCCACCCCUUGGAAGGUUGGAGCGAGAAAAAAAGGAGAGAUAACUAAGAAUAAAAAGCAGGAAAGCGAUGCAGGUGCGGUGGAAGAGCAAGGAUCUCAAAGCUCCGGUGGGAUUCUAACAGCAAGGUCCUUGCGCUGCAUUUGGCCAGUGGCUCCCCCUGUCACCUAGGAUGAGUAACUGCAGCAGCCGCGCCCUGACCCUGCUGUCUAGUGUUUUCGGAGCGUGUGGACUGCUCCUGGUGGGCAUCGCCGUCAGUACUGACUACUGGCUGUUCAUGGAGGAAGGGAUUGUGUUUCCGCAGAACCAGACCACCGAGAUAGUCAUGGCACUGCACGCUGGGCUCUGGAGGGUCUGUUUCUUUGCCGGUCAGAAAAAGGGCAGCUGUGUUGCUUCUGAGUACUUCCUAGAGCCCAGGCCUGACCCUGACCCUGAAGGCCCCCUCGUAACAGAGAACACAGAAAACAUACUUAAGACCAUCCGCACAGCCACCCCUUUCCCUAUGGUCAGCCUCUUUCUCGUCUUCACAGCAUUUGUCAUUAGCAACAUCGGACAUAUCCGCCCCCAGAGGACCAUCCUGGCUUUCGUUUCAGGAAUCUUCUUCAUCCUCUCUGGGCUCUCUCUGGUGGUGGGCUUGGUUCUGUACAUCUCCAGCAUCAAUGAUGAAGUGAUGAACCGCCCCAGUGGCUCAGAGCAGUACUUCCAAUACCGCUACGGAUGGUCCUUUGCCUUUGCUGCUUCUUCCUUCUUGCUCAAAGAGGGCGCAGGGGUGAUGUCUGUCUACCUCUUCACCAAGCGCUACGCUGAGGAGGAAAUGUACCGCCCUCACCCAGCCUUCUACCGGCCACGCCUGAGCGACUGCUCCGACUACUCCGGCCAGUUCUUGCACCCCGAAGUGUGGCACCGUGGACGUAGCCCCUCCGACAUCUCCAGCGACGUUUCCAUCCAGAUGACUCAGAACUACCCACCAGCCAUCAAGUACCCUGAACAUAUGCACAUAUCCACCUCACCUUGCUAGACGCACCAGAGAACGAGCUGGACAAGGAAGUCAGCUUUCGCUUGCAGACUAUAUCGUUCUACCCCAACCUGCCUAGGAGACUCCCCUACCAGUGUGGGUUGUCUUCCCCUCUCUAAAGACUCUUUACCACCUACUCUGCUAGAAAUGUCCUCUCUCUCUCUCUCUCUCUCUCUCUCUCUCUCUCUGGUGGGAACUAUUCAACCAACUUUUGAGAUUGCCAGUGCCCUCCUCACCACCCCUUCCGCCCUCUUGGAAACUGUCCUUAUUUCCUUGCUUCCCUGGGAAACUACCAAUUUGAAAAGCCCACCCCUCAAAACUCAAGUCACGCACACACCCUGUUCAUUCUCCACAGAGCAGCGGAAAGAAGGGAUAUAUCUCCCAGUUCAGUUCUGCUGCCUCAGAAUACUUCUCCUUUCACUCAGGUGGUUGGAAACCUUAGUGGGAAAUGACUCGUGAAGCAUGUUCCCCUCAACCUUCUCCCUGAAGAGGUUUCGACAGCAAGCAGGUUCAAAACCAUCUGCAUUUUUCAGAUCUUGUGAGAGGAAGAUGCCCAGAAGCCAUUUUCUCCCAUCAAUCCAAUUCCUGAAAGGAGAGGGCUCAUUGCCAACAUCUCCCUCUGUCAAAACAACAACGAAGAAACAAAACUAGCUUGACAAGAAGUAAUUGCUUUACCAUUGUCAUCAUUCUCUAGUUUCCUGACUAUAAACGACAUCUCCUUGACAUUUUUACCUCCAUCCUUCAAAGGCCCUAAUUAUUCAGGCUUAUCCACCUGACAACAGCCAUCCUUCCAUCCCAGCUUCUUAGGUGAUGACAGGAAAUACAUUAGACUGCCAUCUUGGUUCAACCAAAAAUGACCAGGUAAAAUGUAGUGCUAUAUUUUCCAUUCCCCUUUUCAUCGUGCCGAUUCGUGACAUAGCUCUACAAAUACUGCUAUGUUUAUUUGUCUCAAAACAACUAGCCCUGAGAGGAAUACUCUAUUCAGUUUAUUUCUACCAAUAUCUCAAUCUCAGUCAAUCAAAUUAUAGCAUGAAACUGUUCCCUUGCCAUUCUUCUGUGCUCUAAAUGUCCUCCUCCCUCCCCAACACGCACACACAAACCUGCUCCCUCUGUGCUUCAUUCUUGCCUUCUAGGUUCUUACAGGAAAUGACUAAUCAUCAUUUUUGUAUGCCCACAAAUGACCAGCUUGGGCACCAAUCCUGUAGGUUUCAUUAUUCUCUCAGGCACUUCCCCUUGGAACCCAACAGCAAAGUGCUGCACCACCAUUUGGGGUUGGCUAAAAUAAGACCUUUUCCUGUCAGGAAAUGUGCACGCCCCCUCUCCCGUUUCUGUUCUUAUUGUUGAAGAAAAUUGUCUGACAUCUGAAUUUUCUUCCAAGAUCUCGUACCAUUUGCUUUCUUCCUGGCUCCACCUCCUGGCUCUUCCACCACCUUUAUUUUUGUCAGCGUUUUAGAGGAGAACCCAAUGUAUGAUCUGAAAAGACCUUUU